UCCACGGCGGUUGGUUCCGCCGCUCUUCGGUUCCGCCCUGCCGAACCGGCCUCCCCCGUUGUCUUCCCGAGAGACGGAACCGGAGCCGGGCCUGCGGCGGAGGGAGCCGGAGAAAAGUUAGCUCCGAUCCGGAGGAGCGGGCCGGAGCCGGUGGCCGCGUAUUUUUUUCGCCUGAGUUGUGGGAGGCCUCCUUGGAACAUGGCAGCCAAGUGGAGCGGUGGGCAUUCCUCCUCUGUCUUGUGCCUGGAUGUGAACACGGAGGGGCUGGUGGCCUCGGGUGCAGAGAGAGGAGAGCUGAGACUGUGGGCUGGGGGAGGCAGCCUGGCCGGGCAGCUGCAGCUCCCGGAGGCAGAGGAUGUCACCUCCCUGCUGUUCUCCCCACGCUGUCCCACCAGGCUCUACACCUCCCACGGAGAAACCAUCAGUGUGGUGGAUGUCCGGGCCCUCAAGGAACCCCUGGAAUGCUUCCAUGUCAAUGAGGAGGAGAUCAACUGCCUCUCUGUCAACGAGACCGACACCGUCCUGGCUGCGGCGGAUGAUUCGGGGGCAGUAAAGGUCGUGGACUUGGACAGCAAGAGAGUCAGCAGGUCCUUGAGGCACUCAAACAUCUGCUCCUCGGUUGCCUUCCGGCCUCAGAGGCCUCAAAGCCUCGUUUCCUGUGGGCUGGACAUGCAGGUUAUGCUGUGGAACCUGCAGAAAGCUCGUCCCUUGUGGACCAGAAAUCUGCAGGAGUGUAAAUGUGAGGAGGAGAGCCCCCAGUCAGCUGGGCAGUUCCUCAACCCCCCCCUUGCACACUCCCUGUCUGUGGCAUCCUGCGGCAACAUCUUCGCCUGCGGAGCUCAGGAUGGCAGAGUCAGAAUAUUCAGAGUCACAGGGGGCAGGUUUGAAGAUGAGCUGGACUUCCCAGCUCACAGCCUGGGGGUGUCACAGGUCCUUUUUAUGCCAGGAGCUUACUGGUUGUUGACUGGAGGAAACGAUGGGAAAGUCUUGCUCUGGGAUGUCGGCGGGGAUGUGGGAAAGCGGCGGAAAAGUCCAGCAAAAUCUCUGCAGAGAAGGAAGGGCCAGGUCCCUGCUUCCACCCGAAAAGAGAGGAAGCUCAGCCAGGUGGCUUCAGAUGAACACACCAGAGUUUUACCAAAGCUGACCAUUGAGCAUGGAGAGAAGGUGAACUGGAUCUCAUGCAUGGAGAUCAAAGGCUCCAGGAGAGUGUUAGUUGCUGAUCAGAGCAGCUCAGUGUCUGUGUACCCACUGCCUGAAGCUUAGGCACUGCUUUACAGGAAUCUGCAGGGGAAAAACCACUUGAAAUGAACCCAGUUCCAUCUGCUGACACUGACACCUGCUGCAUCCUCCUGGAGAAGGGACUUGCUGUGUGCUGAUGAUGUCCCUGACCUGGCACUCUGGUGUCAGUGCUGCUGGUACUCGCUGCAGCUGGUUCUGGCAGGGCUGGCACUCUGCUUCUCCAGUUGAAGUGAAACGGGUUCCAAUAGAGUUAGGGGUAAUAUUAGUUCCUGACUAAGCUACCAGAAUUAAGUUUGGAGGAAGGAAUGAAUGCUCACAGAGGCACCCACAGUGCUCACUGAGGCUCAGCAGUUGUGAGCUGUGCAUUCUGAACCAGUGCAGUGCUGGACAUUACUCUCCCUGUGAAGCUGUGUCACAGUUUGCCUCACCUGGCUGUAGUGGAAAUACAUUUCACCUUACUUGGUCAGCAGCUUCCUAUAAAACUAGAGAAACACUAACUAAUCAGUUAUCAAAUUACUGAAACAGUCCCUGCCAAAUGCAUUUCUUCACACUGCAGUCAGCAAAGGAGCAGAGGAAAAUGUUAACAUCUGUUUAACUGGGCAGUUGUUUUACUCAUUUAGUUGUUUAUCCCAGGGAAAAAAACCUACUACAUUUGUCUUAAUAAAAGCUUUCUCUCCCACUGCUUCCUCGUGCUUUGUACUCACUCUAAUAUUGCCAAAUUUACACAAAAUUGCAUCAAGACCUGCACUGUAUCCCCCAUCACAUACAUGAACACAGAGUGCCAAAGGCAUGGCUCUUCCUUACCCAAAUAUUUCCACUGUCUUCCCAAAGCUUUAGAAGCCAAAUGAGCAGAACUUGCCUUUCUAGAAACAUCUCCUAAUUUGCAAGUUGGAGAUAGGGAGAACGUAACUAAUUCUGCAGCUUUUGACAUGUUCAGU